AGUUUGAGUACAAGUUCGAACACUCAUGCUGCAUGAUUUGAAUGAUCUCACUUGGGAUGACUCUCUGGACUACACUUGAGAUAAGAAAAGAGUUAUUCUUGUUUUGUCGCCCCAAGAGCGCCAUGAGAAAUCCGAACUAGCAACUCGUUCCAGUGCACUGAUUAUUGCAGCCGAAUGAUGUUUUGGGCCUGCGUCGAACUGUCGAUGCUCAAUACAUAAACCUCAAAUCAAUUCAAAAUUUCAAAUCAGCCUUGCACUUGAGCAUGAUCCGGCAACAACAGCAACAUCACUCUGACAGAAAAGGGUUCUGGAAUCUAAGUUUUGAUUCUAAUGCCCUUUCGUCGGUACCAUGACGACAGUCGCUCCUUCUUCGACUCCGCGGGCUGAGUUCUUUCAGCAGCUGAAGCGGGUCUGUGUCCCCCUCAGUCAGUUUGCCCUCCGACCAAAGGACCGGGCGGUCGACGCGAAGGAGGUCACCAGCCUCUUGGAGUCCCUCAUCAGCCUCUGGACUGCUCAAGCAAGCAAAGAUGGCUCCAUCUUGGAUGACAAGUUGGCAGACUACGUUUUCUUCCCCUUGUCGCACCUGCUGCGAGAUCGGGAUCGCUAUCCCAUGCGGGUAUUUGAGGUUAUGAUUCGCUUGCUCAGAGAUCUGAUCCAGCAUGGCUGGAAGGCCAAGGCAUCUCCACAGCUCUUUCAGGAGCUGCUAGUCUUUCUGUCGCUUGCAAUUGGCGGCGUGCCGGGCCAGGCAAAUCGACGAGAGCUCCCCGAGGAGACCACGAUAGAGGCUUUUCGCACACUGGCCGCUCUGAUCUGCAUAGCCCAACCUCACCACCUAGCAGCGCCGGCAGACGUGCCAGAAAGCAAAAGCAUACAGGCCCUCUUUAGCAGUGUCGAAAUCAUGCUCGAUGGUAUUACUGAGGGAGCCGUCGCCUCUAUUCAACUCGAGGCAGUAAAUUGCCUGGAGACCAUGUUCACCACCAUCAGAGACAAUGCUGUCCUCGCUCGGUUCUUUCCUGGCACAGUUUCUGCUCUUACCAAGAUUUUGUCCCCGCCUCUGGCGAAUCAGACCCAAAAAAGGGUGCUUCGGAGCUGCUUAGAAGCCUUGAGGUUAGUUCUCAUAAACGUGCUAGGAGACCUCAAAGUCAGAGGAAUCCUCAAUAGGCUGGAGAAAUCGGACGACCGUAAAGAAGAGCCCUUGAGCGAUUCGGGAGAUUCCGAACCUUUGAAAGAGCUGACGCCAGCCUGGCUGAAAGCGACCGGGGCUCAAGUCAAGAUUGCCUUGUCAGCGGUUCUUAAGCUGCGAACCCACGAGUCUGAAGACAUCCAGUCUGCCGUUUACCGACUCUGUAUCGCCUUGCUCGACGAGUGCCAUUCCUCACUUGCCAACUGCCAGUCAAUCCUGGUCGAGAGUUCUUUGAUGUUGGAGGAUGAAACCCCACGAUCGCGGCUCGAAACUAGCCUGCAGGACCUUGCCGGCGUCUAUCCGGAGCUCGGGGAGAGCAUAAAAUUGAGCUUACACAGUUGGGUUACUGGCAUGCCCCGGGUCAUGCAGUCCAACGAUGAGCGGGUCAAGCAGAUAGCCAUCAGAAGCAUAAUCAGGGGAAGCAAGCUGGCCGCAGCUUUGCAUAUAGACUCCCCGACCUUCGACAACGCACUGGGGGACUCGCUUCGAGACAGCCUCGUUACGCUCAUCAGAGCUUCAAAACCGCCCAGGAUCACCGACGCUGCCGUUGAGGCGGACCUCUCAAUGAGCACUGAUUUGGCCGCGUCAGGGAUGGAGCUAGCCUUGUUCAGCCCUAUUCUUCUCGACUCAGAAGGCCAGAAAAUUACAAGGAACGAAGUUAAGACCCUAAUAUCCAGCAUAGGAUCGUCGACUCAGCAGGUCAACCUAGCAAACUUGAUGCUGAGUUAUAUCCGCGAUUCGGAAGGUGUAGACCGGAUUGCUUCGUUUUGGCUGGCAUUCGAGCUCAUCAAAUCCACGUAUACGCAGUCAUCGGACCUCGACACCAUGGUUGACCUUUCCUCACUUGGGGAAUCAAGGCGCCAGGAUCUGGCAUUCCAGGAGCUCUAUGAAUUUUCUGCGUCGGUCUUGUCUGCCCACUCUGACUCCGUCGAGACGGACUGGCAGAUGGAAGCCAUCGCACUAGAGGUCACGGCCUUUGCUGCUUCACGGCUGAAGCUGGAGUUCCGGCCAGAACUCAUUGACAUACUAUAUCCAAUCACCACGUUCCUAGGCUCCCAAAUACCGCAGCUCCGAAGGCACGCCAUCACGACGCUAAACAUACUUGCCGCGGCAUGUGGAUACCAAAGCGUCUCGGAGCUGAUCGUCGACAAUGCUGACUACAUGGUCAACUCGGUAUCUCUGCGGCUCGGUGCCUUUGAUAUCUCCCUGGCAUCCACCAAGGUGCUCACCAUGCUGAUUCGGCUGACCGGGCCAAAGCUGAUUCCUUACCUGGACGAUGUCAUCACAGCAAUAUUUGGCGCACUCGACAGCUACCAUGGCUAUCCGGUGUUUGUUGAGAGCAUGUUCUCGGUUUUAUCAGAGGUGGUAACCCAGGGCGUCAAGUCCGACAUGCUCCUGCUGGAAGGCUCGGGUGUCAAAUCGAUAGACCAUCGAAAGAAGAGACCGACGUCCCUCGGAAUCCCAGGCAUUCUGCAAACGCUAGACAAGCGACUUGACAGAGCUAAACGCUCAAAGGCGGACGGGGUGGAUCUCAGCAGCACACCCGAAACGCACCCAAAGAGACCCUGGACGCAAUCCACCGACGACUCCAAAUCCACAAGCGAGGCAGCCUCCCUGCUGGACGCCUUGGAAACCGAGAAAACCAAGCAGAAUUCCACCGCCUCCGAAGACGAUGCCCCCUGUCACCAGGAAGGACAGCAACCCCAAGAGGUCGAACCAAGCAACCCCCCACCACCAACGCCGACGUACACGCUCCUGACGCGCAUCCUCUCGCUGGCGCAGCACUACCUGACCUCCCCUACGCCAACACUGCGCAAGUCGCUCCUGGACCUGGUCGGCACCGUGAGCCCGGCGCUCGCGCCCGACGAGAACGCCUUCCUCCCGCUCGUCCACGCCGUCUGGCCCGUCGUGCUCGCCCGCCUGCGCGACCCGGAGCCCUACGUCGCCGUGGCGGCGUGCCGGGCCCUCGCCGCCCUGUGCCGCGCCGCGGGCGACUUUUUGGCCUCAAGGUUCAAGACCGAGUGGCCUGGCGCUGCCGGCCUCGCUGGGUGGUUCGCCAGGGUUAAGAGCGAGGCGGGUGGUGUCGGUAGGAGGGGGGCAGGCGCCAGGAGGGUUGGUGGCGGUGGUGAGGGACUCAGGGUUGGUGUGAUAAAGGAAGGUGGUGUGCGUGGUGAGGGAGAGGGGAUCCUCAUACCUAUACGGUCAGCUGGCGGCGGUGGUGGUGAUGGUCUGGAAGAUGGGGAUGCGGGCGUGAAGCUUGUUCAGAGCUCCUUCUCGCGGGCGGCUGCGCUGGGGAGGUUUGCGCAGGCCUCGCAGGUCUGGGAGGCCGUGUUGGAGCUGCUGGCGGCGAUUGUGUCGUACGUGAGGGUCGACGAUGAUAUGUUUGACGAUAUCCUGGAGCUGGUGGUGGAUGUGCUGCCACAGCACGCGGAGCUGGAGGAGGCGUUGGAAACGGUCAAUGCCGACGCCGUCUGGCUGGCCUUGUACGAACGCGGGAUGGUGGCGGAGGGGAGGGAGCCGCCGGUGGUGGAAGAGGGGUUGGGACUAGGGCUGAAGUGGAAGUUUGCGAGGAUGGAUUUGAGAGGUGUGACUGCUUAGUACCUUAUAAGGUACCUUACUUUGCCAAUUUUGUCUGGGGCUUUGGGGGAGCAACGAGCCAUAGAGCUUUCCGGGGCACCGGUUCCAUGCGGAAUGCGGAGUGCAUCCUCGCCAUGGUUCUAGCCGAGCCUUUGCAUUGCCGACUUCGGCCCGCUUCAGCAGGGCCCGCAUCGAAACGGCGUACCUAAUCACAGCGCUGCACCUUGAUACACAUCUAAGGACCGGGAAUAAGGUGCACUACUUUAGGAUGCGUAUUCGUCCUAUGCUAACGCCGAGGAUUGGAAGAUGGAUUUACUAGGACAGAGACCUAGACGUCGUUGGGCAUUGUCGGUCGUGGUAAGCAUUCCAAUAUCAG